AUGAAACAUCAGCUUAUCCUUAAGAUCAAUUAUUGUAUCAAGAAAGAAUCCCAGAGUGACUUAAAAUCAAGAUUACUAGCUGUUACUAGAUUACCAAGGUCCAUUAUUACAGAGGCGAAAAAGUUGGCGAAUUGUACUCCAAAUGAAUUUAAAGGUUAUCUUGAAAGCCAUCCAGCAUGUAAAAGAAACGUAAAAUCCUGGAUUGAUUUCGUUGAAGAAAAAUCUGAUGCUAUUUCUGCUGAGUUACUUGAAAAUCCCUCAGCGUUUAACACCUAUAUACAAGGAACUCAGUUGGUGAAAAACUCAACCGAGGAAGAAGAAUUUCGAACAUGCCCUUCAUCAAUAUUCAAAAUUCUUCGUCAAGGCCUGUCGAAUGAAGCAAGGUUUUCGAUUCAAAAGGAACUACAUGACUUUAUGAUGAACCUUAGUGAUUAUUACCGGUUUUUUUCGUCCCUGGUUUACAUGAUGAUGACAGAGUUAAGGAACCACGUGUUUGCUAUUGAAAAUGACACAGGAAAAAUCAUAUUGCAGCGAUCACCUGGUUUUAAUAUCCAUUUGGGUUUGAUCCACUCACACUACUUCAGAAAGCGUGGUUGUAAAGAUGAGACACUUGCACAACGUCCAGUUCAACUAACGCUAUUUGAUGCUUUAAGCAGCUUCACUAUUCUACGCGAAUCAUUCAGUUCAACACUGCGUAUCUCAUCUAAUGAAUGCAAUAUUGCGCUUACACAAUACUCUACGAAUCUGGCAAAUAUGUGGUGUGACAAGAAAAUGAUAAAUGGGCUCUUGGAUCGUGUCUUGAUUGUUUAUUAA